GUGAGAUUUAGGUGCGUAUCUCUUGCUCCCCCAUGUGGUCGAAAUAAUAAACGCACUACAGGAAAAAAUGGCGACCUCCGUGUGUGUACGGUGUCAAUGAUCAACUAACGUUUGCACAUGUUAUUGUCAAAGGACCCGGAUAGUCAAACGAUAAGAAUUAUAUGGAGCGAAAUGCCAACUUGGUAUCCAUCUUAAACGACAACAGAGUUGCGUGAAAACGGCAGGGGCAUGUCCAGGCUGUGUGUGGUGUGUGGGGGCUCCAGGGGCAUUGGCAGGGCUGUAUCAAAGCUGCUGGCAGAGAGAGGCUGCAGGGUUGCUGUGGUGUCCAGGAACCAGGAUGCUGCUCAGGCCACUGUGGUGUCCCUCGCUGGAGCUGACCAUAUGGCCUUUAGUUGUGACGUCUCCAAAGGAGAGGAAGUUCAGAAUAUAUUUGAGACGAUCCAGAAGACCUGUGGAAACGUCUCAUACCUGGUCAAUGCAGCUGGUAUCAACAGGGAUGGUCUGUUGCUGAGGACCAGGCCCGAGGACAUGGUGGCUCUGCUUCAUACCAACCUACUGGGGAGCAUGUUGACAUGCAAGGCAGCGCUACGGAGCAUGCUCCACACCCAGGGAGGGGCCAUUGUCAACAUAGGCUCUGUGGUGGGGUUGAAGGGGAACGCAGGUCAGUGUGUGUACAGCGCCAGUAAAGCAGGUCUGGAGGGCUUCACUCGCUCCCUGGCCAAGGAGGUGGCCUCGCGCAAUGUCAGAGUUAACCUGCUGGCUCCCGGUUUCAUUCGAACAGACAUGACAGUGGGGCUGAGGGAAGGGGAGGGGGUGCGGACCAUCCCCCUGGGGAGGUUUGGGGAGCCUGAGGAGGUGGCCAAGGCUGUUCUUUUCCUCCUGGAGUCUCCCUACAUCACAGGACAGGUGCUGGUGGUGGACGGAGGGCUGCAGCUGGCCAUGUAGGGAGGCCCUUGACCCCUCUAUAUACACCUAGUGCCCACUAUACCUCCUAACACUGUCAGCUGGGUGGUUUAGAGACUCUCAGCCUGCCUCUUGGAUGAGAAUUACAAUGGAGAGUUCUGUGUUUUCCAGAAUAUGAAUGUUUCAGCUUAGGAUGGGCUGGGUUCAUGCAUAGGAAAGGGAUAAAUAUCUGGUUUUUAUCUAUACUGAACAAAAAUAUACACGCAACAUGUAAAGUGAUCCCAGAAAUUUUCAAUUUGCACAAAAAGUGUAUUUCUCUCAGAUGUUGUGUGGUGAGAUGUAUUUCUCUCAGAUGUUGCUUGACCUUGUAAUAGUCAGGGCCAGAGAUAUUUAUACCUGUGUAUGGUUCAUGUAAUACUGUUGCCCCUAUCUGUACACAGUGCUGAGUCACAGGGUACUGCAGGGUGUGAGUGACAGUUUUUCAUGACUAACACUGCUGACUCCACUGUGUCUGACUCAGUCUGGCCCUCCACGCUCCUGAGGCCUUAACUUUGAUCAGCAGAUUUAAUGCUAUUACUCUUUCCAUGACUUGUAGGCACCUAGUGCUGACCAAAGCUCUCAUGUUUCACUCUCCCACUCCCCUGGGGCACCGCGACACAGUGCAGGCCCCAACCGCCGCCCCCCCUUGAGCUCAGCCCUGGAGGGGCCCAGAGAGGGGGUAUGGAUGUCUGACUAGGCAGGUCUGACUGCCUGCCUAGUGCCUACAGCUGGAGGGGAUUUUUAGCCAAUGGAAUGUUUUGAGGGUCCAGUUACAGCUCAGGAUCGGUGGUGCAAAUGGAUGGGGUCAGAGGUGACUGUCAUGCUCAGUGUGGAGAUUUGAAAUGCUGUGAUCUCAUCUAUUAUUUCCUCCAGUGGAGAGACAUUUCACCUCACUGGAGUGUGCUGCCCAGUCCCCUCACACACACAGCUCCAGGGUGCUCAACAGUCACAUAUAUUUACACGUCAUUAGAAGCUUUCAUGGAUCUGGGGCAUCUGCACUCAUCUGCUGUCUAUCAUGUGACCUAAGAUCAAGGUGGAGACAAUGUAAACUAGGGAUCAAGGUCAAAUCUGAUAAGAAUUCUCAAUAAAGAAAGGCAUUUCCCCUGUGAUGAAUGAUAUGGCUGCUGGGUAAGUUUUGUAUGGAAUUGAUUUGAGCAGUCUCCUACUGUCUCCUCACUCAACAUAAACACAGUACCUCUAGACACUUAGGUUGUUUUAUUAUCUUUCAUAAACUAAUGUAAUAUCAUGAGAACAUUCCAUAUACAGGCAUAGAAAUCAAAAAGGUGUCCUAUAUGUUUGUGACUGAUCACAGUAAUGGCAGGAUGAAACAUGCUGUGAACAGAUACAGCAAAAUAAGCCUAUUUAAUAAUGCAGUAGUGAGAGAAAAUAUAUCAUUACUUAUUUCAAUACAAUUCUGUGUAUAUCUUUUCCCUUGACAGCUUUGCUAUAAUUAAUAAUAAUAGUCAUUUGUUAUAAGUGCCUCAUAAAAACAUGGACAGACAUUGUGACUGAAAUAGGCCCAAGUGAUCUUUUAAGGCAAUAUAUAUAUUGUUUCAAAAAGUGUCAUAUUUUAAUACAGACAGGAUUAUGUUUUGUCAUUGAACAUUUGAGAGAGAAAAAAAUCACUAAUAUAAUUUAUGUCAAGUUUCUUGGGAAAGAUUUCUCAUACAAAAAUAAAGCAGACAAUCUGUGGUGUGUGAUCAAUCAA